GGGGAGCUGGCUGUGGAUUCAGAUUCUUUUUCUUUGUGCAGUAGGGAGGUGGCUUCUCUUCUCCUCUUCGAUUGUAUCUUAAUUUGUAAGACUUGGGUGUGGCUCUGCAGAGAGCAAGAAAGGCACUAGAGUGUUGUCAAGCUUUUCUUCGUUCUUCAGCCCCCCACCCGGGGUGGGGGCGGAGGGUUAGCCGGUCCCAGGUCAAGAAGCGCGGGGGCGGAAGCGGCGGCGGCUGUGACGGCGGCGGCUGUCAGACUUGGAGAGGGGCCGGGCGGAGCGGCAAUGGAGGGUCAGCGCUGGCUCCCGCUGGAGGCCAAUCCCGAGGUCACCAACCAGUUUCUCAAACAAUUAGGUCUACAUCCUAACUGGCAGUUUGUUGAUGUAUAUGGAAUGGAUCCUGAACUCCUUAGCAUGGUACCAAGACCAGUGUGUGCAGUGUUACUUCUCUUCCCCAUUACAGAAAAGUAUGAAGUAUUCAGAACAGAGGAGGAGGAAAAAAUAAAAUCUCAGGGACAAGAUGUUACAUCAUCAGUAUAUUUCAUGAAGCAAACAAUCAGCAAUGCCUGUGGAACAAUUGGACUGAUCCAUGCUAUUGCCAACAAUAAAGACAAGAUGCACUUUGAAUCUGGAUCAACCUUGAAAAAAUUCCUCGAGGAGUCUGUGUCAAUGAGUCCUGAAGAACGAGCCAGAUACCUAGAGAACUAUGAUGCUAUUCGAGUCACUCAUGAGACCAGUGCCCAUGAAGGUCAGACUGAGUCCUCCUCGUCAUCCUCAUCACAGCCUCAUUCUAGCCACUGCAGAACGAAGGCCUCAUCAUUGUGUCACCAUGCAUCCCUGCCCUGGGUCAAACGUAACCAUGUAGGCCCUGCAAAGGCUACCAGUCCAUCUCUCCGUCUUCGUCGCUGGCGACCCUUCUUACGCCUACCAUCUAUGGGUCUCCAUUCUGUUGCACCAAGUAUAGAUGAAAAAGUAGAUCUUCAUUUUAUUGCAUUAGUUCAUGUAGAUGGGCAUCUCUAUGAAUUAGAUGGACGGAAACCGUUUCCAAUUAACCAUGGGGAAACUAGCGAUGAAACUUUAUUAGAGGAUGCUAUAGAAGUUUGCAAGAAGUUUAUGGAACGUGACCCUGAGGAACUGAGAUUCAACGCCAUUGCUCUAUCUGCAGCAUAGCUGGUCAGUGAUGGAAACACCCAAUACUGUAUUAUCUGCAACAAAAAUUAAAUUUCUGCUGCCAUACACUAACUCAAAAAUUUUGAUAUUUUCAUUAACUUGACUGAUUAAACUUUAUGUGAAUUAAA